CGUAACGCCUCUGUUCAUGCAAUCCCAAGUUCCCAACCCACCCAUUGCGCAUUUAAAUGACACCCUCAUCGACCAAAUCUGCAUUAUCACCCAAUCUCCCCCUCUUUUCUCUCUCCAUCUCUCUCUCUCUACGACCAGCUCUUCUUUGCAAAUCUCCCCUGUUUCCUCUGCAACAGAAGGAAGCCAUGGUGCUCUUGUCUAAACCAUCAUUCGACCAGUUUCCUCUGAUCAAAACCUGCAAAUCAACUUUCUUCUUCCCUGGGAUUCCUGUAAUAGACCUCUCGAAGCCAGACGCAAAGACCCUCCUGGUGAAGGCCUGUGAAGAGUUUGGGUUCUUCAAGGUUAUCAACCAUGGUGUUCCAAUGGACUUUGUUUCCAGAUUGGAAUCGGAAGCCGUCAAAUUCUUCUCUUUACCCCAAUCUGAGAAAGAAAGAAGAGGACCUCCUGAUCCAUUUGGGUAUGGAAACAGGAGAAUUGGAUCCAACGGUGAUGUGGGUUGGAUUGAAUAUCUCCUCUUCAACAUCAAUCCCGAAACCAUUUAUCAGAGCUCUCUUUCCAUUUUCAGAGAAAACCCAGAAAUGUUCUGCUCUGCUGUCAAUGAUUAUAUUUCAGCAGUGAGGAAGAUGGCUUUCCAAGUUCUUGAAUUACUGGCGGAAGGGCUGAUGAUUCAACCGAGGAAUGUGUUCAGUAGGCUUUUGAUGGAUGAUAAAAGUGACUCCUUUUUCAGAUUAAACCACUACCCUCCAUGUCCAGAGCUUCAAGCACUGAGUGGUCAGAACUUGAUUGGAUUUGGGGAGCAUACAGACCCACAUAUAAUUUCGAUUCUACGCUCCAACAACGCGUCGGGCCUGCAAAUCUCUCUAAAAGAUGGGAGCUGGGUCUCAGUCCCGCCUGAUCAGACUUCCUUCUUCAUCAACGUUGGUGAUUCCCUCCAGGUUAUGACCAAUGGAAGGUUUAAAAGUGUGAGACAUAGAGUACUGGCCAACAGCUUCAAAUCUAGGGUUUCCAUGAUUUAUUUUGGAGGGCCACCUCUGAGUGAGAGAAUAGUCCCCUUGGCAGCACUCAUGGAAGAAGGAGAGGAGAGCUUGUACAAAGAGUUCACAUGGUGUGAAUAUAAAAAGACAGCUUAUAAAUCAAGGUUGGCUGAAAAUAGACUUGGGCACUUCUUAAGAAAAAUGAGGUCAGAUGAUGUACUCAAGUCUCCAUUUUAGGAAAACUUCUCUUGGUCAAAACAGGUUGGACAGGUGGAACAAAGUACCCAAAGAUGGAAACAAAAAUAGGUUUUUUUUUUC